CCCGCGCCGGGCUCGUAGAGAAAAAAAACUGCAGCGGUGCGCUGAGCGGAGCCGCGCGCGAGAAACCAGCGGCUCCGGUGAAGAGUUGAGCCGAACGCGCUCGGAUUGUCGUGUCCCCGGGACGACGUCGUCACCAGCGCGCUCGCUUCGCGGCUGCCGAGGAGUCUCCGAACCGACGCGGCGACGCAGAGCGGCUACGAGGGGAAUUGGCUGCAACCCAGAGAUGCCAUGUGGCUUUGUCUGAAUCAGCGAGUUCUAGUCCUCUCAGACCUGUAAUACUCAAGACAACAGGGAGCCACAUAGCCUUACUGGUUUCAGCAGUAGGUGCUCUCUGCUUCACCAAGUGAUACUCGAUGGCUGCCUCCACUGCCACUUGAUUCAUUUUGCUGUCUUGUGUCCUCUACAUUUGAGGCUUGCUGAUUACUACAGUUAGUUCCUGUAGUCCGUAACUUCAUGGAGGGGUUUCCUGUCCACUGACCCACUGGGCUGCCUUACUGGACUAGCAGCCAUGUCUGCCUGCAGUACCUUCACUGAACACGUCUGGAAACCAGGCGAGUGCAAGAACUGUUUUAAACCCAAGAGUCUGCACAGUCUGGUUCCAAGUGGUGGGGGGAGACCUUCUUCUGAACAUAGGCCUCUAACAGCACGGCAACACAAUCCAAUUCCUGCUGGACUCAGAGCCAACCCCAACCUUACCAACAACUCCCAGAGGGCUGGCAGUGGAUCGACCCGCUCAGGACAUUUCCGUCCACCUGUGGCUAAGAAGCCCACCAUUGCUGUUAAGCCUACUAUGAUGCUGCCCUGCACUUCUGCAGGACUGGAUGCAGAUGGCAACCUACAACGACCUUCAAAUGUAUUGGAACACGGCAAAACAUCAGCCUUCACAGUUUGGAACCACAACGGGCUGAACCAUAAGAGUUCUAGUGGGCCAAAUAACAACAAUGAGGGAGAGGAUGGUGGUGAGGAAAUAGAGGGUUAUGGACAACUUAGUCCCAGGACCCCUAGUGGAAAUAACAACAGUGGGCUAACAGAUGUCCUGAAGGAGAUUGCUGGGUUAGGCCCUGGACCCUGUCCAACAGCUAUUUGUGGUUCAAAGGACUUGUUUUGGGGACGAAUCAGUAGUUCAUAUCGACGUUCCCUGGAAAGAGGCCUUCCAGCCUCAAGCUGUCUGGCCAUUGGAAGUAGCAGCAGUGGUGGUGGUACUGCUCAAAAACGAGUGUCCCUCAGUGACAGCACCGAAAUCAUCAGCAAAGAGGGUGGGCGCUUCUGCUACCCAGAGUUUUCCAGUGAAGGUGAAGAUGAUGAGGAGGAUGAUGAUGAUGAAGAGACUGAAAGAGAUGAUGAUGAUGAUGAUGAUGAUGAUGAUGAUGACGAACAUGAGAGCUGGGAUGAAAGUGAUGAAGAGUUACUAGCAAUGGAGAUUCGCAUGCGUGGCCAACCACGAUUUGCAAAUUUCCGGGCUGCCACGUUGUCUCCUGUGCCCUUUGCUGCAGGGAAAAAGUGGAACACUGUGCCGCUUCGCAACCGUUCUCUGCAGCGGAUUUGUGCAGUAGAUUAUGAUGACAGCUACGAUGAGAUCUUGAACGGAUACCCCUCCAUGGACUCUAAUGGAGCUCUUCCUCCCUAUGGGCCACAUGAUAUCCAAGGCAGCGGUUUCCUGUCAAAUUCAGAGUCUACCAAUUCUCCAGAAUCAUCGUCAUCCCUACCAGAAGAAUCUCAAACAACUUCCAGUGGUGGGAGCAGUGCCCCAUGUCCUCUAAGAAAUGGUGUGCAGUCCCCCACAUCUUCACAGGAACCUGUCCACUGUACUUCUCCAAGAAAGGAGCCAAUCCGCAGAGCACUGAGUCCACUGAAGGUGACUGAAACGCACAAAGCUGUCCUGGCCAUUAGAUUAGAAGAUCAGGAUGGGCGAGAAAAUGCACCAAUGCCCCAAGCUGUACCGGGUCAACCCGUGACUAUCAGUUUUAGUCCCACUGAGGAGCAAGCUAAACCAUACCGUGUAGUAAAUUUGGAAAAAUCACUGAUCUGUAAACCUUACACUGUAGUGGAUGUGUCAGCAUCCAUGGCCAGCAAAGAUGAACAGAUGCAAGAAUCCGCUCAAAAGCCUAAAAACUUGUCAAUGCCUUCCAGUCCCACGUCAUUCAGUAGCACAUCCUUUCGUCAGCCUAUGUCUCCAGCCUCCCCUCUUUCUCCAUCUUCCCCUGUAAAGGCAUCAUCAUCCACAUCUGCUGCUCUGCAAAGUUCGUCCCGAAAACAAUCAGGGAGCAUACGUUACCAAGAAGUGUGGACAUCAAGCACAAGUCCUCGCCAAAAAAUUCCUAAAGUGGAUUUUGGGGCUGGGGUUAAUCAUGGUCCCUCCAUUUCUGCUCAGCACUGCAUCCACAAGUCAGCUCCCACUUCACCCACUUCUGGGAUGUCUUGCUCUCGAACUGUACCUGUAAAAUCCCCAAAUUUAUCAGAGAUUAAAUUUAAUAGUUUUAAUAAUGCAGGCAUGCCUCCUUUCCCCAUUAUUAUUCGCGAUGAACCCGCCUAUGCCCGCAGCUCCAAGAAUGCAGUGAAGGUGCCUAUUGUAAUCAAUCCGAGUGCAUAUGACAAUCUAGCUGUGUACAAGAGCUUCUUGGGACCCAGUGGGGAACUCCCACAGCCAAAGGGUGUGGGUGGUCGGGUAGUCAGCCAUACGUAUGAAGAGAUUGGCUCCUCUGAGAGUGUCCAGUCUUCCACAACAGAGAAAACCAUCUCUGCUAAAGGCACAUCAGAGAAAGCCUCAUUUGAAGAGACAAAAGCUUCACUUGAAGCCACGUCAAAAGUUUUGUCAAAUUUCCAAACAAGAACCACUACAGAUUCCAGCACUAUGACAAGCACAGUGAUGAGCUCUACAGUUGGGGGUCCCUCGUUAACAUCUUCAAAUUCCCCUGCCAUUAUUGCAGAGUUACCCAAACCCAGCUCAACUGUAAAUGCUUUUACAAACACUAGCAAGACUAUCGGAGACACUAGCUGCAGUAAGGAGAAUGACUUUGCUUUGUCUUCUGGGACAGUGGCAAAUCACAGGGAAGAGGCCAGUGCUGUGCUUUCACAGAUCGUGGCCUCCAUCCAGCCACCACAGUCUCCUCCAGAGUCACCAUCAGCACUACAACAACAAGCUACAACAUUCAGUACAGAAGAACUCUAUGCCCUGCCACCUGACGCCAUAAGGGAGACCCUCACUCGACCUAAGUCUCUCUUUUCUGCAACUGAUGGGUGUAUCUCCAAGCCUAAGAAUGAGACACCUUCAAAGGCUUUGUCUAAAUCCCAGAGUGCCUCUGCUGCUGUCCCACUUUCCAGCCCUCGUUCCGAGCCCAGUGCUCCUUUUCCCCCUCCAAGAUCGACAUCUUCCCCAUAUCACGCCUCUAACAUCCUCCAGAGACACUUCGGCAACUGGACUAAGAAUUCUGCCUCCAACUCACCCGUGCGACCUAGCGAAGGAGAAGGAAGCCCAGGCUCAGAAGGAAGACGCAUUUCAUCAGAAAAUUCUAAACCUAAACGGUGGAUCUCAUUCAAAAGCUUCUUUCGUCGGCGGAAAGAUGAGGAUGAGCAUAGAGAGAAGGUGGAGCGAGAGAAGGAGAAGGGCAAGCUGGUUGGUCUUGAUGGAACUGUGAUUCACAUUCUUCCUCCACCACCAACACAACAACAUCACCACUGGUUUUCAGAAACCAAGCCAGAGGAUCCCACCCAGAAGCCAACCAUCAUAUUUACAUAUAAAACAGAUGGCGGUGGUAGCCCAGCUGAUGGAGAAGGUGAACUACGAAUAGAGGAGUGCAGGGAAACGGCCCUGCUGACACCUGACAAGGGCAAAGAACCCAGACCUCUGAGCCCUGAACAACCCUCGCACGCUACUGCAUCUGAUCUCAUCAGCAACGAUUUCAGCCAGACGCCCGUCAGUGUCACCAGUAGCAGAGAUCGAGAGCUGCCUGGUGCUGCCUCCCUUCCUGCCAAAGUGAAUCUAGGCCUGCUGCUUGGGGAGGUUGAGGGGGCCCGUGUCAGACAAGUUGCCAUACCAGCGUCAACCAGCGAGGGCAGCGCCAGCCUCGGAGAGCCAGAGGAUGAUGGAAACCACUCCCAUCGUUCCCACUCCCCCGCCUCCAGCCUUUGCAGUGCCACAUACAGCAACCUGGGUCAGUCUAGAGCCAACAUGAUCCCUCUCAAGCAACCACGGCACAUCAAAGCCUCCAACGACACUCUGGCCUCCAUCGACCUGGACGGCCUUGGUGACCAGCCAGCCCCUAAGGCCACGCCACCGCCCCUACCCAAGAAGGCUGUACCCCGCUCCGUCACCGAGCCCACCCUGGGAGGCAAGGAGCCGGGCCAGGGAGCCUUAAAACCUCGAGCUGAGGCUAAACCCGGAGGCACCAACCUGAGCGUGGCCAACCCUCUUUACGAUCUGGACUCCACCUGGGAGACAGCUAGCCAGAGCUCCUCCCUCAGCUCCGAACCUCAUCGAGGCCACGACCACGAGAGCGUUGACUCCAUGGAGAGGCCAUCAGCUGUAACAGGUGGGAACAGGGGCUGCCCAACAAACAGCACGUCCUCUCUUACCACCCAAACUGCACCAGCUGCACCUGCUGCAACCAACAGCACCGCUGGCAGAGAGAGGAGAGCCUACCCCAGUACGGAGUCUCUGGCUGCAAGGGGAAGGAGUCCGGUUGUUGCUGCUGCAGGAGGAGGAUGCCCCAAAACCCACAGAGCAGCUCUUUACAGGGGUUUGGACAGCUGGGACGAGGUGGUGGGGAGGAUCCGGGGGCUUCACACAGACACGCUGAGAAAGCUGGCAUCAAAGUGUGAGGACCGUUUCAUGGCCGGCCAGAAGGAUCACUUGAGAUUCGGCACCGACAGCUGGUCCCACUUCCGGCUGACCACUGGGAAACCCUGCUGUGAGGCAGGGGAUGCUGUGUACUACACCGCCUCCUAUGCCAAGGACCCACUUGUCAACUACGCCAUUAAGAUCUGUCGGAGCAAAGUGAAGGAGACCCAGCAGCAGUUUUUCCACAGUCUUGCAGUGAGACAGAGUCUGUCCGUGCACUUCAACAUCCAGCAGGACUGUGGACACUUCCUGGCUGAUGUCCCCGCGCGCCUGCUGCCCUGGGAGGAGGAAGACGAGGAGGAGGAGCAGGGCGAGGAUGAGGAGGGGGACGGACGCGGACUGAAAGACGACGAGGACAAAACCGCAAACAGGACGACGGACGCCAGAGCCCCGAACGGCAAACUGGACGACGCGGCGGCGGCGGCCGGGCACAUGAGCGCGGCCGGCUGCUUGAGGAGCCGGGUGGUGGUCAUCACGCGCGAGGUGCCCUUCCAGACAGUGGCGGACUUUGUUCGCGAAGGUGCGACGAGACACGCCAGCAACCCGGAGCUGUACGAGCGGCAGGUCUGCCUGCUGCUGCUGCAGCUGUGCUCCGGCCUGGAGCACAUGAAGCCGUAUCACGUGACCCACUGCGACCUGCGGCUGGAGAACCUGCUGCUGGUCAACUGUCAGGCCGGCAACCCCUGGAACCUGGACUUACUGGAGCCCAACAACAACAGCAACGGCGGCGGCGGCGGCUCUGGUGCCGCUUCUUCUUCUUCUGCUGCGGCGGCGGCGGCCGCCAGCGCCACGUGUCCCGCGCGCCUCAUCAUUAGCAACUUCUCUCAAGCGAAGCAGAAGAGCGCCCUCAUGGCCGCCGACCCCAACACGCUACGCGACCAGUCGCGCCUGGCGCCGGAGAUCGUCACGGCUACCCAGUACCGCAAGUGCGACGAGUUCCAGACGGGGAUCCUGAUCUACGAGAUGCUGCACCGACCAAAUCCCUUUGAGGUGACGCCAGAGCUGAAGGAGCGAGAGUACACGUGGGCCGAUCUGCCGCCGCUGCCCGUGAGGUCUCUGUAUUCACAGGGCCUGCAGCAGCUGGCCAGGCUGCUUCUCACCGUCAACCCCUCGGAGCGGAUCCGCAUGUCCGAGGCCCGGGCCUGCCUGCAGUGCCUGCUCUGGGGCCCGCGGGAGGACUUGUUUCAGGCUCUGGGGUGCCACAGCACAGGCCCCAUGUCGGCGGCCACCUCCAGCCAGCGCGAGGCCACGCUCCAGAACUGGCUGGACCUGAAGCGGACGCUGAUGAUGAUCAAGUUCGCAGAGCGCUCGCUGGACACGGCCUGCGGCGUGAGCCUGGAGGACUGGCUGUGCUGCCAGUACCUGGCUUUCGCCACCACAGACUCCCUGAGCCGGGUGGUGCACAUCCUGCAGCAGCCCCAGCCGCACGCUCAGUCUCAGAACCAGAACCAGGCGGCGCACGCGGCUCCGAACCCACCCCAGGCACAUCUAACGCACACCCUGCACGCGACGCAGUCGCAGCCGCUCUGAGUGCAUCUGUCUAGCUGUUACUAUGGCAACUCCCCUCAGUGGUCCUGGUGCUGAUGCUGAAGCGUGUGUAAGCUUCAGUGGAGUUGUUGCUCACCUAGAACUAAUCAGUCGAUUGUGCAAUGACAAACAUGGGAAACUGAAACCGUGGGACUAAUUGAGUGCUGGCUCCUCUGUUUCACUUCAUACAAGCUUUGUAAAGGGAUUUAGUCACAGGUUUAACACACGAGGGAUUUCUGGACUUUUUAGGGUUUUUUUAAGCCAAGAGCUGCAAUAUAUAUUAGGAUUAGUUUGCAUGAAAGCUCCGGAGUUUAUGUUAAAUGGAAUAAAUAAAGGUUUUACACAUGUCAUCAGAUAUCUGAAGACUUAUCAGUUGGAUCUUUAGAGACGACAGACUUUUUCAAGUAAUGCAAUAUGUUCAUGGAUUAUUAAACUUGGAUGUAGAGCUGAUUUUACUACCAUUAUAACUUACAGUGCUGUUCUGCUACAUCAUUUGUUAUACUUCCUAACGGCCUUUGGUGAGGUAGCUAAUGAACACUGAGCUAAUUUUGGCCUUGCAGUUAACAACUUUCAGAUUCUUUGAAGUCAAACUGGGACACAGCUGCCAGCUUUGGUUUGGUUUCUAGUUCGAGUAUGUGCAAUGAUUUUAUUUGUUUUGUUGUUUUUUACUUGGAGGAAACAGGAACAUGUUGACUAAUUCUGCUCUGCUAAUUGUGGCACAUAAACAUGCAGCUUCAGGAACAAAGUGAAGUGCGUCGUAAAGAACAACCGUGGAUGCGAGACGUUGAUGUUUCGGUUAUUGCGUUGUUCGGGUCAAGUUGUUUUCAAACGGUUCCGUGUUACGGUUGACAUUUGCACAGUCGGUGUGAACGUCGGUGCUCCCUGAUGGAGUCCGAGGACUGGAGGGAGACGCCGGAGAGACUGGGAGAGGUUCCUGUGAAUUUAAGGGACUGGAUUUGAUCUUUUGUGCAGUGUGUGGAAUGUAAGUUUUUGCCUGGACUGAAUCAUAAUGGACAUGGUUUUCCUUUGAACACACUCAUCUUCCAGCGGAACCACUCAAAACUACAGAGAAAACGCACUCCUCGACUGAGACGUCUGUUGGUCCCCUGGUAGCGGAUCCUGCAUCCGUGCUUUGGCAGAUUUACUCUGCUUUAAUUAAAUGAGCUCUGUGUUAUUGAUCCGGACCCUCGAGCCUGGAGUCAGUGAAAGCAGCGUGUUCACAAGGAUCAGCUUCUACAGUUAAGCCAGAUUUAUGCACAUGGCUUUAAUAACUAUGAUGAACAAACAGAACCUUUGGACCGGUUGCCUGGAUGAUGUGUUUAACCUGGCUUCAUAUCUUCACAUUUAUGUGUUUCUUUUCACAUCCCAAGCACAGCAGCAGUAAAAAAAAGUACUUCUGGGUGGAGGAUCCUACUGCAGAUGUACAGUACAAGAGUUAAUGGUCCAUGGAGUGAAAAUGAGAUAAAGCAGGUGUGAGUUUGUUUUACUGAGGAAUGUGUGUGGACGGCACUGGUGGCUGUCCUUGUACCUAGAGAAUUAAGCCUUUAUAUAGUAUAUGUAGUAUAAAUAUAUAUUAUCUUUUAUCUAUUUUAAUCCACACACUAUUUUGUCGCGUAUGGAGCACCUCUGUUUGUCUUUAUUCGUUUAUGAAGCUUUACUUGACUUUCUUCCACCUCGCUUGUUUUGGGGGAAGAAAACGGUGAGUAGUCAUCACUGUCCUGAACUAAGCAGACGUGCAAACGAUCAUUGAUAUACAGAACAAUGUACAGUAUUUUUACCCCUCUUGACCGACGAACCACUUGGAGAAGAUGCUGCAGGGCGACUUUGGAGCCGACCGUAAAGCUCAGCAUCCGCCGCCACUGAACAGAAGCAGAAGCGCUUGAAGGCUUUGUUGACAUGUGUACAGUGUGUCUCCGCCUGCCGCCAUUUAUUGUUGCUCAACUUAACCAACAGUAACAGAACAAUAAAUAUAUGUUUUUAUAUUUA